AUGGAGUUGCCUUGCAGUCAGCGGUCCGAUUUGAGUGCUGAAUCCAAGCACGCCGAGCAUCCCUCCCUCCUCUUCCGUUGCAAUCACCAGGAGAAGGACGGCAAGCCUUGUGAGCAGCCGCUGGACAAAGGAUGGGUUACAGCCUGCUCCCACCUGUUCUGCAAUGAGCAUGCGCGCAGAUGGUUUGCGAGCCAUGACUCCUGCCCGGUGUGCGGCACCAACCCGGUGAAGCUGGUGCGCAUGGAUCUGUCUCGUGCCUCCCUGCGACGGCGUGGGAAGAGCUGCCUCGUGGGCAUGUCUCCGCCGGAGGUACUCCGAGCCCUCGAGGUCUCGCUUUCCUUUUGGACAGACCAGCAGCUGCUACGCUUUCAGCAAGAAGGACAACGCCGCGCUCAGGAAGUGGAAUGUCUCGCAUGCAUCGAGCGCACGGGCAAAGCUCGUUUGAUGGAGGCUGAGGAGCUAUGCAACGAAUUGGAGAAAAAGAAUGAUUGCAUGGAGAAUAAACUGGCAGAAACUCUCAGAGAGGUGUCAGAGCUCAAUGAUGAACUGAGCAGGAUUUCGGAGCCUGCGCACCAGGCAAGCAGAGUGGGACAGCUUCAGCCAGAGCGAGCAACGACUGACCAAAACCAGAGCGAACUGGGCUUCGACAAUCCGAUGCCAGUCCGACAAUGCCGUUUCCGCGAGAUUGAGAUUGGUACAGCAAGGCCACGCAUCAAUUCGCCCGGUGGAUCCCCACCUCGACGUUUGCAUAUUCCCAGGCUGUUGGGCACAGCUUCUAAAAGGCAGCGCCUGGGCAAGCUUUAG